GAGAGAAGAGAGUGUAAGAGAUAGACAGGGGGAUGGACUGCAAGUAAGUGUAUGGGCAUACACAACCAGGAGAAGGCUUUUGUAAGGACUCAAUUGAGACAUUUCAUUUUUUGGGAUCUCUAGCCUGGCUGUUUUAGUGUAUGGAGUCAGAGGAAGCCCCUGGAAGGAGCAGCUAGACUCCAUUACAGAUCCUUUCAGCCUAGUCAGAUAGAGAGAUUGAGAGUUUGAGAGAGAGAGAUAGUAAGAGAGUGUAGGAUACAGUAGGAGCGAGGUGACUCAACAUCAGGACAGACAUGCAGCCCUUCACCUGGAUCAUUGCUCUCCCGCUCUUGUUCUACAUAUCCUUGGGGAGUGUAGAUUGUAGGAGGCAUUACAGACAAGUUUCUGCAGGAAGCCAACCAGGUGUGUGUCGAUAUGGCAGUAGGAUAGAGUGUUGCUAUGGCUGGAAGAAGAACAACAAGGGACAGUGUGAAGCUCAGUGUGAACAGGACUGCAAGCAUGGAGAGUGUGUGGGACCCAACAAAUGCAAAUGCUUCCCAGGAUACACAGGAAAAACGUGCAGUCAAGAUCUGAACGAGUGCGGGCUGAAGCCGCGCCCGUGUGAGCACCGCUGCAUGAACACGUAUGGCAGCUACAUGUGCUACUGCCUCAACGGCUACACGCUCAUGUCUGAUGGAUCCUGCGCCAACUCCAGGACAUGUUCUCUGGCACACUGCCAGUAUGGUUGUGAAGAGGUGCAGGGGGAGAUCCGCUGUUUGUGCCCGUCCGCAGGGCUGCAGUUGGGGCCAGAUGAGAGGACCUGUGUGGAUAUUGAUGAAUGUGUGACUGGCAAGAACCUCUGCCCAUACAACAGACAGUGUGUGAACACCUUUGGGAGCUACUAUUGCAAGUGCCAGAACGGCUUUGAUCUAAAGUACGUGGAUGGCAAAUAUGACUGUGUAGACAUUGAUGAGUGUGUGGUUGGCACUCACAAGUGCAGUCAUCACGCAAGCUGUCUGAACACCCAAGGAUCCUACAAGUGCAAGUGCAAGCCUGGUUUCCGUGGCAGCGGCUUUGACUGCUCAGUCAAGCCCUUUUAUCAGAACUGGGAUGGAGACAAGGGAAGUGCCGAUGAGUUCCUCAACGCCAUCCCAGACUCCCCAGCCAGGGCCGGGAAGCUGGACGAGCAGAUCAAGAACAUCAUCCCUGAGUCCCAGGUGACCCUCCCUCCUCAGAUCCGUCUGCAGCCCUUCGACUAUGAAGGUGAGGUCUACAUAGGUGGCUCAAAGGAGAUGGGCCAGGAGGAGUUCCCUGGUGGAGAGGACUUCCCUGAGGAGGAAGGGGAGGACAACCAGCUCAGUCCAAGAGGGGAUGUUUUUGCAGUUCCAGAGGAGUUUGAAUCAGUCUUUGGUCCUGCAACAGAAGUCAGAGAAAUCGAAAUAGCGCCAGUCCAGGAAGAUUUCAUCAUGGACUGCCACUUUGAUCAAGGGGCGUGUGAGUGGGUACAGGACAAGGAUGAUGACAUAGACUGGAGUGUGGCCUACCAUGAAAAUGGUCAGGAAUACUACAUGUCAGUCAGUGGCCUGCUCGGGGAAAAGAAAGACAUGGCCAGGCUGAGGCUACUGCUCAGUGACAAGACCCAGCAAGGUAGCUUGUGCUUGACCUUCAACUACCGCAUGUUGGACCACCACGUGGGCAAGCUGAGGGUGCUGCUGGAUAACAACGUCCACCCACUGUGGGAGCAGAGCAGAAGCCGAGAUCAGACCUGGCAGCCGGAGCUGAUCUCCAUAGUGUGGGAGGACGAGCCUCCCAAAUCUGUAAUCUUUGAGGCUGAGCGAGGAAGAGGCAUUGGGGGAGAGAUUGGGCUGGAUCAUGUGGUGUUGACCUCGGGAUCCUGUGAACAGUAUGAAUCCAUCUUUUAAACCGCACCUCUCGGAAGAUCUCUAUCCUACAGUUUGCAGUAUCAAACAUUUGUUGAAACGUAUUAAGGGAAUUUGAGGUUUAUUUGUUGUUUGUCAGUAGGCCAGUGGUGGGCUAUAACAGCUAUGGAAUGGCUGAGGUAGUUCUAAGGGUGUAGUUUUAGUGUGUGUAGAUAUUAUCUCAAUUUACAACUGUUUAAUCGUAUUUUCCCUUGAUUUCACCACACACACAAAGAGCUUAUCCUUCAAAUAAACCAUUUAUUUUGAAUAAAAUUCACUAACACUUUAUUUGCAUAAGAUCUCAGGUUUUAUGAGGAAAUUUCAGGAAUGAUCCAUUCAUUAUGUCAAUAUUAACAGUGGUGUGCGCUGGUUUUAAUUUUGUAUGUUUGUGUUAUGAGCAAAAUAGGUGCUAUGUAAGAAAUGUAAUGUGACUAUCUACAUUAAUUAAAUUCAAAAACAAAUACAGGAUUAAUCCCAAUUCUUUGUUGGUGUGCAUGAUCCUAUGUAUGCAUAACCGCUGUAAAUUAU